AAAUAUUUUACCACGGCUCUUCUCGUCGCGUUCGACUUUGCACGGUGAACGACGCGAAACGUUCAGCUGAGACGAUACCUUUAGGCUUUACUAAAAUCUGGGACCUCGGACGACCACGUCAAGAUGCCGCUCUACCAGAUGUUCUGCAUUGCUAGUCAUUUUAGGGAAUACAAACACAUAAAAGAUCUUGUGACCAUGUCCGCAACGCAUGUCAUGAAUGAAGGCGGUGUAGUGCGGAAUAUACAGUUCAAUGGAACGCAGACGCUUCCCCAACGAAUGCGACGGCAUAAACAGUAUUACACCGUUGGAGACUAUUGGACGAUGCAUUUUGAUACUUCACCUCGCACGCUACGCACAUUGGCUGGAGUGAUGCGCAGAGAUCACCGUGUCAUAAGAUGGACAAUGUUGAAGUUGGGCGAGAAGGCGGAAGACGUGGUCACUUCACCUGAGCAGACGGUGGAACGUCAUUUACUAACAUCAUCGAGCAAAAGUACCGGCCCACAUUGGUCCUUGUGACGUGUUUCUACCCACUCUCCAGUCUAGAGCGCCUUAUAGAGUCAAUUUCCUGUUAUUGAAAAAGACUCCGACCCAGCCCACAACAGACGAGCCAGUUUGCUGAUCUCCUAACAACUUUCUAUAGUUAUUGUUCUACCCACUUUAACACUCCCCACAGGUCAUUCACCACCUGUACACCUUGGAGAUUUUCACCCUCCUCCUUGUGUUCACCACCGCUUUCUGGUCCGGCCCUACGCAACAGCAGGGCAUGCAUUCCAGCAGCUCGAGCACCAUCAUAGUCACUAAAAGAAUUUCGGAUCGACAUGAUUGCCUGAAACUUAGAUC